AUGGCUUCCACGGAUGUGCUCUCGGACUCGUACAUCACGCUGACGCCCACAGCAGCGUCUGGCAGCCAGAGGGGAGGCGCACACUCGUCCCCCGCCAGCGACCUACUGGCCCGCAAAUGGGCGGCGGCCGCAAAGCGCAAAGCUUCGACGGAGAUCAUGAAGGUGAAGGAGCCAGAGGAAGACACCGACCGGGACUCGUCGCGAACGGAGACUGACCGCAGCUCGGAGAUUGACAAUGGCGACGUGGUUAGCUCUGACGGAGACGACGUUUCCUCCAGCUCGCGAGUGAUCCCAGAUUCGGACGAGGAGGACGAGGAAGGCGAGGACGAAGAAGAGGAUAAAGACGAUGAUGCCAUACCGACCUACGUGUGUGAGUUGCAUGACCCCAAACCAGUACUCAUCGCCGAGCAGGUUCCAUGCAACCGCGUGGAUAUCAACGCGUGUGCGGCGAGCGAUGGAAUCACAGAGACCUUGCCGUUCCGCUACGAGAUUUCAGUGGGGCGUGUACAGCAAACGUUCGCGUGCUCGCCAUCUAGAGCGUUGGAAGUAUUUAAGAAGAUUUCUAGCGACAAGAAGUGCGCAGAUCAUUUACGAUUCAUUGAGACAAACUGCCUUAAGGACGGAUUUAUCGGAUCCCUAAAGCGGAUGUACGCGUCUCCGGAACAGAUCUCGACUGAAGUGAAGGACGUGCUGGAGGCCAUUUCGGACUUGGAUCCAGUGCUCAUGAACCCAACGUAUCUGAAACUUGUCGGUGCGACGAAGGGGUCGCUUUUGUGUCGAGAAAUUGAAAAGAUCGUGGAAUCACACAGCAAGGCGCCGGGUGCUGACGCCCCGUGUAUGUGCGACACAUACUACAAGUCAGUAAAGCGUUACGGCGACUUUUUCCGCGAACAGGCAGCCACAGCUAACAACCAGUACCGCCAAUCCACUGUGGCCAGCGAGACGCUCAUGAGGUCACGCGGCGUGUUGUCCUACUACACCGACACCAUCUACAUGUUGGACAAGCGCGAGUUCCGCCCAUUACACGGACUCAAGCUGUGCAACGUUUACGGCUUUGGACGUCGCAAACUGUUCGAGAUUGUGCGUGUGUCCCGGAAGCAAUGGUCGGUGCGUCAUGUUGCGUAUGGCGAAAUCUACACGCUGUCGCUGAAGAAAUAUGCUGGCGGUGUGCACCACAUGGUGGCGGUGAGGCGCAUGGUUCCUGACGUGCAGAAGGGAGGUCUACGCCAGGAGAAUGUGUGUUUCGUCAAGAAAUCCAAGAGCCAAGGGUACCGCUGUUUGCUCAACUCGGAGGUGAUAUCGCAGGGCAAAGUCACAACGUCGAUCUCAAUCCAGAAGCCCAAGUCGCCACCUGGGGACCCUGACUUCCACUACGUGACCAUGAGCGAAGUGUCCGGUCCGUCGCCCGCGUCGAUUUGCAGCAGUACACUCAGUGUUCCAUUCGAGCGCUACAAGCACAUCCAGCGUCUGAAUGUGAGCGGUGGUAGUGACGUCGCGACGUACAUUGCACUAGCCGCUAGCUACGACAUUCUUGUAGGAGCACUGAGCUACUGGAUGGAGCGCAAGUAUUGAGAGCGCUAGUAAUAGAUCCUGCAGGGCUAAAGCGAGGUGUAAGUAUAAGGUGUGCAAAUAUUCAAAGGUGUCCGCACCAGGUAAUACCAACUAUUGGAACAAAGGAUUCUGUAGGAAGAGGCUACGUGUGUACACAUGUUCCUACAUGUAUUGGCAGG